AUGAGCUGUUGCUAUCCCUCCAGCUCAGCGUUGAAAAAGCUCCUAUCUGAUGCGUGGGGUAAACAUGAGGAUUUAAUCUCAUCAAGUUUAGAGAAAGGGAAAGCAGGGAUCAUUGUACAGCUCUCUGCGUCUGACUCCAGCAGUAUCUUCAAAGCUGUCUCUGAUAUCCGGCUAUUGACUAUAUUGGCAUCCUCGCUCCCAGCCUGUGGACAUGUGCUCAUGGCCGGGUCUGACUAUCUGGAUACUGUUGCAGAAGCAUAUCAAACGCAAAAACUAGAGGAUAUCCGCAGGUCUCUGGUUGCCAAUAUAUAUGUUGGCUUUACUUCACUAUUGAAAAGCACAAAGCCGAAUCUUACUCUUCUGCUGGACCAAUUGUUUGGCUUAAAAGCCAGCGUCGGCGUGGGCACGCCGAGGAUGAAGAAAGAGCCAACGCUCCUCUCAGAUGUCAUUUGCAGUUCUGACAUCUUAACUCGAGUUGAACGGUAUCUGGCUGUGCAGCCCCAGAAACGGGGACAAGAUCUCGUCUCAAGUUUACGUACAUAUCAAUAUGAGUCGAAGUCCUUUCACCACCGAUAUCAAAAGCCGAAGAAGCGGAUCGAGAAAGGAAAAGGUCGAGCGUCAGACCUUCCGGCAUCAGAAGAAGUUCACGCUCAUAAGAUGUCUCUAAUAAGUCAGAUCCAAGACCUCUUCCCUGACCUUGGAUCAGGCUACAUCGUGAGACUGCUAGACUUCUACGGCGACAACCCAGAAACGAUAAUUGCACACCUUCUCGACGCCUCUAUUCCCCCAGAGCUUCAAGAUCUAGACAGAUCGGAGCAGCUCCCCCCUACACCAGCAACCCGCCAUGACCCUCUUCCUCCCAAAUCAACACCGCCCCAGUCCCCUUCAAUACCAGCGCCAGAGCCGCGCAGAAACGUCUUCGACAAAGACGUCGACCUCGCCGAACUUGCGCGCUCCAACGACCUCACCACCACCAACAACAAUAAGAAGGACAACACCCUGCGCUUUGGCCGCGCAAACCCCUCCCUCACAGCCGACGACAUGCUCGCAGACCGCAGCAACCACACCGCCAACAAAGCAGCCAUCCUCUCCGCCCUGGCAACCUUCGACUCCGACGAUGACGAGCGCGACGACACCUACGACGUCGCCGACGUUGGCGGCACAGUCGACGCCACAGACGAAGGCGCAGGGACCACAGAUGAGCUAGAUCUCACCCUGCUACGCGCCUAUAAAGCCACACCGUCUCUAUUCGCUCGAGACUCGGCAACGCGCCGCUCGCAGCCGCGGGAUACCCUCAAGCGCGAGUCCGGACUAACGGAUGAAGCGCUCGAGGGAUGGGCGGUCAUGAUAAUGCGGAAUCCGAACCGUCUCGCGAAGCUGGAAAGUAAGCUUGCUCUUUCCGCGGGUGGUGGGUUCACGCCGGGUAUUGGCCUGUCUCAGCCUGAGAUUCCGUCGACGUCGUAUCGUCGGCCGAAGGCGGAUGGGGAAUCUGAAAGUGGGACUGAAGGUGAGCCGUCGGCGUCUCCAGGGCGAGGCGGCUCUGCUCGAGGUCGUGGUCGUGGCAGCAGCGGUGGUGGUGGUGGUGGUGGACGGGGUGGAAGGGGCCGAGGUGGUGGGAGGGGUGGUGGUCGCGGAGGCGGAGGUGGUGCAGGUGGUGGUGCUUCUGCAGACCAGAAUCCAGCUGCUUCACGACAGAGAAAGGAGGAGAAUAAAGCGAGCCGGGCGAACCAUAAUCGACGGCAGCAGAGAGCUAAGAAGGUUGCGAGAGCUGGCGGGAUGGUUGGGUAA